GUAGGACUAUUCAUUUUUAUUAGCACCCGACCACGGGAGGUACACAUCAUUUAAGCAGAGAAGCGGAAUAUCCUUUGAUGAAUAAGUUUUAUUUCUGAUCUCAUCAACUGUGCACUGAUCUGUUGGUUUCUUAAACCAUGCGCCUGGACCCCUGUGACGAUGCGUUGGCUCGGUUGGUUUUUUAUGGGUGUCCUUGUGGCUUCAUUUGAAGUGAAUGUCCCUGAUAAACACCUGCUGGCUCUCAGAGGUCAUUCAGCUGUUCUGGGCUGUGAAUUCACACCAGAUCUUGACCUCUCCAACUUGGUGGUUACCUGGCAACGAGAGGAGGACUUACAGGUCGUUCAUAGUUUCUAUUAUCAACAGGACCAAUUGGACAGACAGAGUGCAGAAUACCACAGUCGGACUUCACUGUUUGUUACAGAGCUUCAUAAGGGAAAUGCAUCUAUUAGAAUAGCAGCAGUUAGCCAGAAGGAUGCUGGCCGGUACCUGUGCAUAGUAAGCAAUAAAAAGGGAACAGGAAGAGCCUCAGUGGAAGUGACUUAUGGAGCACUUUACUCAGAGCCCAGAUUGAGUAUCCAUUUAAACUCAUCUGCAUUGACAGUGGAGUUUGAGACGGAGGGUUUCCCCAAGCCUGAGGUGAUCUGGGUGGAUGAACACGAUAAGACCCUCAGUUGUCACCUGGAGCUCCUCGAGCACACAGAGGAUGGGCUUUAUUUCAUAAAAAGCAGAUAUGAAGUCAAGAAGCAAAUGGUUAAUGUAACAUUUACACUAAAGAACCACCUUCUAAACCAGAAUAUCCAGAGGCCGGUGAUCUUCAGCUAUGGUAAGGAUUUCUCUUGUGUGUGAAAUGUGUGUGUGUGU